GAUGAGCCUCUCUUUGUAUUUCAGCCAUGCACUUUCUUAAAUCUGAAAAGCCAAUUCAUCUUGGGCAAACGCAUAAGGAGGAGGGGGGUAAAGGAAAAACUUCAAAACUCAUUUUUUUCACUCCUCGCCAGCUCUCAAACGUCAUUCACCGACUCUCUAAACACUUUGUCUCUCCUUCAUUAAUUGUCACGGCGCUUCACUGACAUCACGUGCCUUGACUACAACUGAAGCCGUCUUACCUUGGCUGUUCCCCUCUGUCUUGUUCUCCUUCGUGUGGAUAAGUUCACAGUAGAUAUGGAAGAGAAGGGAAAUAUCACACAAAAAAAUAGGUUGAAAAUGUGUUUCUGUUUCCUGAUGGACUGGAUUAAUCUUUGCUUUUCAGGUACAGUGCUUUUCAGACAUUCAGGGGGAAAAAAGUAGUUUAUCUACGCUUGCUGUCAAAUAGAAUUCAAGCAUUUAGCAAGCCAGACAAAUAAGCAGUGUAAUAAAUCAUCCAUUUUUGUGUAGUAGGGCAUCAGAGAAGCUGCUGCGUGGACAAGCUGUUUGAAGUUUAGGUGCUUUCAUUACACACAUGUCAACAACAUGUACAAAGUUGAAUGGUCCUGCAGUGAACUCGGGGGUAAAUUUUUUUACACUUCAAGUAGCAAAAUGAAAGCCUGUUUUUUUUUUUUUUCCAAGAAGAUUAUUUUUCUGCCAGCAAUACAAUGUACACCACAGUAUUUUUAAUCCCACAGUGUGUCUCACUGUGCCCAUGUGUUGAGCGAGAAACGGUGUCAAGUUUAAUUAGCAAAUUCUCACAGUGAAUGUGGACACCUUGUUGACACAUCCAUUCCACAUGAGCUAUUGCUGAUUCCUUUGAAUGCAAUUUACAUAAUUAUACCUCAUCCAGCCCUGUGAAGCACAUGCCUCAAACACCAUGUUGCUCACAGCAACACCGCAUGAGGAAAUACAGCCAUAUUAAUGCUCGUGGCAAGAAAACACUAAACGCCGAAGCUCCCUCCUCCAUCUGCAUUGUAUGAGACAUGAUGGUCUUGCUGAAUUACAGAUAUGACCCACUCCCCCACAUGUGCGCACACACACACACACACACACACACACACACACACACACACACAUACACAUGCAUAAUGCCACUUCUUCUUAAAACAUACGCACAAAGAGAGAAAAUCUCACUGCCUGGCAAAGAUGACCUACAUUUCCACAAUGCUUUGCACUUACUGUACAUAUUUACGUUGAUCCAUCUUCAAUAUGCAAAAACCCAUAGUGUACCAUCUCACUCCAAAACAUAAAUUCUCAUUUACAUGCACAAUGUUGCGAAACAAGACACACCACUGGUGAGUCCAUAAGCUCUCUGGUAACAUUCAAAGUCAAACAACACCUAACUUCCCCAAAGAACAAUGAAGCAUGACAGACUGAAUUGCCAAAACGAACUGUCAGAGGGCUCCUCCAAAGCUCCCAGCAUUGAAUUUCCCUCUGAAUCAUGUCUUGCUCAUCUAAUAACUUUGUUUAUAUCUGCUAUGGGACAUGUCUGGAGAGACACCUUGAACACUGGGAUACAGCUCUCAGUCCAAACAUAAAGAGAGAAAUGAAAUAUUCUCCCGCCUUAUUGUCUCCAAACUCCAUGAGAAGAAUCAAUAAAACAUAACAUUGGCUUCUUUCAGAGUUUAAGACUUCCACUGGGGUUUGAAACCCCCAUGUGACGUCGGAGGCUUUAUUCUCGCAUAUGAAAACACUAGAGUUUUAUUUUGAUGUUUGAAUUAAUCAGUAGAGAGCAUCUUCAGAACAAAAAGAUGUGAUGUUGCCUGUGGGAUCUACGGCCAUCUGAGAUUUCACAGCCUGUAUUUAAAAGCAUGUUUUGAAGAAUGCAUUUCAGCAGCCCCAUAAUAAGCUAAGAUGAUCCAUAGUGCUCUCUCAUAUGUGGUGUAAAACUCAGCCGGGCUUUUUUUCCCCAACCUUAUACUGUAUACCACAUAUUUUGUGUGUCGUGAUCUAUCCCCUUGGUGAGUAAAACUGACUAACUUCAAAGACUGUGUGCUGAGCAUUAGUGUUUACUCAAAUAACCUCACUGCAUAGUAUGUUUAAGCACCACUUUCAUGUGAAGGUUAAGCCCCUGUGAAGUGUGUCACUUCUGACAAUACAAUGGGGCAAUUAUGCUGACCAGGUCAACAUAUGUAGAUAAAACUAGAAGACAAAGGACACAUUUAAACAGGAGGGGAGUGUGACCCCAUUACCAUGUAAUCUCAGUGGAAAAAGAAAUUCUUUCUGCCCCAACCCUAAAAAAAAACUGUUUGGAAAACAGACUGAAAUCAGCAGCAGUGUGGCUUUGCUCACAUGCACAUAAACACCAGAAAUAGUUGUUUUUCUCAUUAAACGCCUUGAUUACUGUAUAUUAAAGGGAUGGUUUGCCAUUGCCGUUUUAGGAAAUAUGCUUAUUAGCUUUCUUACAGUGGAUUAGUUUGGACGACUGACUCUUAAAUUUGAAGCUAUUGCCAGUAUAUUAAACACAGGAAAAACAGCUUGUCUGGUUUUGUCCAAACAGUGAAAAUCCUGCUACCAGCACAACUAAAGCUCACUAAUUGACAUGUUACACUCAUUUGUUUAAUGUGCGCAGAAAGUAUGAAACCAGUAAAUAGUGGUUGCACAAGAAGUUGCCAAACCAUUUCCCAGAAAUGUGUUGGGUUUUUUUUCCUUUACACUUUUGUGUGGUGCAAGUAAGCAACAUAUAACAUGUUGUCUAUCGAUCUUUACAGCUGCUCGUAGGUGGAUUUUGUCUGGAUGGAGCCUCACUGCCUGUUUCCCCCCAGCAUACCUUUUUUGUGUUAAGCUAAGCUAACCAGCUGCUGGCAGUUACAUGCAGACAUAAAAGUGGUAUAUUCUUGUGUGUCUUUUGGCAAGGAAGUGAAUUACUGUAUAUCCCAAAAUGUCAAACUAUACUUUAAAUAGAAAAAAACUGGAGCAAGAGAGAGAGAGAGACAGGUUUAUAUAUGCAGAGAAAGAAGUGUCUAGCUUUUUGAAGACAUGGAAUAUUGAGUUCUUUAAGGCAAGUGAUCUCCCUCUAGAGCAAUAUUCAGUACAGCUAAGCUCCACCACAGUGUAAUUUGCCUCUGAUUUCUAAUCUUUGUAAAAGAAUGCGAAGCUAAGUGCCCUCCACAAAUGCAGACUAUCAUGGCAUUUCUUCAGGCACAUUAUAGACCGGAGUGAUUAGAGAACUUAAAAUGCAAAGGCAUCCCUUGAAACUGAAUGCAUUUACAAUCCCAUUAAAUAUGGAAUUGUGUCUGUGGGCCAACAGUAAAUUUGAAAUAUCUUUCCCUGCAACAGUUUUUUUUUCUUCUCCCACAUUUUCAGUUUGCCGCUUGCUUCCUUCACUCUCUUGGUGAAUCUGUUUGAGGCUGUGAAUAAUUUGCCAGUAACUUUCAUGGAAAUAGCUACACUCGACAUAAUUGUGUAGCAUUAAUCACACAACAGCUAUCAUGAUUUUCCAAUCAGCAUCAUGCAGACAUUUGUCAUGACUGAUGAUUCUGACAGUUGAUUGCUUUUACUGUGAAUAAAAACUGUUAUAAAUUGCCAUCUGCACAGAGAUGUACUAUCAAAUGUUCAUAUAAAAUGUUGCUUGAAUUCAGAGUAUUUCUGUGUAGUGUAAAGCCUUGCUGUAGAAGUGACCUUGGGUUUGUGUAUUAGAAUAUAGAAUAGCAUUCUUCUGUCUGGGUUAUUAUCUUCUAACUGUAGCGCAGAAACUCAGAUAUCCAGCUUGAACCUUUGACAGGUCAGAAUGUGCAGAAAAGCCAUCACUGCAAGAAACUAAAUCAACUGUAUUUUAUGUUCUCGAUCACCUCAUGGUGCAAUUAACUGUAAUAUGUAAAUGAAACUGGAACCUCAACUGUAAAAAAUGCACCUCGGUGAAAACACCCAUCUGCUAAAUAACCUUUCUCAACCAUAAACAACCAUUUGCUUAUCAUAAAUUCACAUAAACUCCUCCGCGUCCCAGUUCAAACUAAUGCUGUAUUGUAGUAUUGUAAUCCAUCUAUCACAACAGCCAUUUGACCCGGUUUAAUGUAAUCCAAAGAGAAUCGCCCACACUGAAUCUAUGAUCACCUCUGUUCUCAUUAAAGUAAAAAUCAGCCUCUGUAAUGCGUGCCUCUAAAUUGAGCUGAAAGAAGAAACAACUGUUUAUUAAUCUGUUCAAUGAGAAAUUCUCAGUUGUUUUCCAUCGUUUCCCCUGCUGCAUAAAGCUGUUUUGCCAAGUUGCAUUGAAACUGCGACAACUUGUAAAAAUAUGAUGAAGGAAAUAUUAGAUUGUCUUCAUACUGGCUGUCUUUGGACCACACAUUCAUAUCUUAUCAGGGAUUGUUAUUCAUGAGUAUGUGCAGUUGUAUGCAAAGAUGUGUGCACCUGUGGGCAAUAGCAUAUUUUGCUGAUUUUGGUUUUUAAGAGAAAAGAAGCAAACACAACUCCUGCGGCGAAAAUAUACCUUCUUUCCAUUUUAAUUCACUGAUACUUUUUAUUUGACGAGUUCAAAAGCAGAAAGAAAAUCACACAAUGGGUGUGGCAUGUGCAGAAAUUCUUCUGUCUUCUGCUGGUAAAGUUUCAGACACACGUUCAACCAUAAUUUUCGUAGGACUUAAAGUGAAGAUCAAGAGUGUUCAUUGCACUGUAAAACAACUUAAAAUAAUUUAGUCAAAUUAGUUUGCUUUUUUUUUUUUAGCUUAUUUAAAGUAAUCUAAAUGUGUUUUGUUCAUUUCUAGGUAACUGAUCUUAAAAUGUCCAAUUUUUUUUCAUAUUAUUUUAGAACUUAAAAACAAGAUUUUUUUUUAUGACCUGUGGAAAUUGUGCAUAAAAUGAUGAGCUGAAUGAACUUGAACAUUCCACUCAUUAAAUUAAGUCUGUAAGAAUCAAAGUCAACAUAUAAGCAGACCUAAAUCUAACCAGAGACUGUUGCUUUUUGUAGCUUAAGAAAACAGACGUGGCAGCAACUUGCUGUCUGUCUUUAUUACGUCGUAAAUUACAUUAUGGUUGCUUCUUUUCAGAACAAUUAAAGAAUACUGUAACAAAUUGCUGUAAAAAUACAGGAUGUUUUGUACAGUAAUAUACCGUUCUUUGUAAAUACAGCCGAAUACUGUAAAUUCAUGUGUUUUUCAAGAACAAAAUAAUAACAGCAAGCUACCGUACAAUCUUACAGCAGAUUACAGUAUUUUUCUGCUUUGGGUUGAUUUGAGUGUGACUGUCGCUGCAGUCCGACUGUUACUCGUCUCAGCAAAUCUUCCUGCACAUCACCGCAGUUAGCAAACACUCAACACAAAGAAGUGACGAAAUAGGUUUAAAAUAUUAUGUAUCAGUGAUUUUACUCAUUACUGAGGGAAGAAUUAGGAGAAAAGGAAGAAGUGAGGAUGACGAUUUCCGGCCCGGCUCAGACCUGCAGAGACCACCUGUAGCUGAUCCAUCCUGCUCCGGUUCAGUAAACAAGGUAACUGUGAUUAUUAAAAAGUCAGCCUUACUUUUAAUUCUGUCAGUCUAUUUUAUUUAUGUUUUAUUCUUUGACAGUAACAUAAACACAGCCAGGUUAGUUACUGCUUGGUGUUAGCCACGAGUCGCUAGCAUGAAUGCUAACGUUUCCCACACUGUUAGCUAGCAGCUAGCAUGAAUGCUAACGUUUCCCACAUUGUUAGCUAGCAGCUAGCAUGAAUGCUAACGUUUCCCCACACUGUUAGCUAGCAGCUAGCAUCCUCCCCUUUGGCUGCAGAGUGAACAAAACUUUGGGUCUUUCUUUUAAACCAGACCAGGAAAAUGAAUUUCUAAGCCACCAGAUCCAGCUAGGUUAGGUUAGCUAUCUCUGUCUUUCGUGUAAUUUUCCAUUAAAUAUCCAAUAUGAUGCUCCACUGAUCUGUUAUCACAUCUCCACAUGUACUUGUCUGCAUUCCACCAUUUAGGUAAUUUCAAGUUUUAAAAAGGUUUGUAGGAUGUGUCAUGUUGCUUUUCUCUCCACUUAGGAAAGGUAAAUUUGGGUGUUAUAUAAACAGCUGCAAAAAUUAGAUUUAAAUGUGUAUUGAACUAAACAGCUGUUCUGAGUGGAAGCCUCUGUUUUGCUUAAUAAUUUGAGUUUCCUGUUUUUUUUUUUGUUGUUGUUUGUUAGUUUUCUGAUGAAUGUGACAGAGUUCCAUAUUAAGUUCAAGGGAUCUUUGACUACCACACCUAAUAUAUUCUUUCUUUGUCAUUUUGUUCUAGGCUCUUUCUUGGUAUUAACCCUGAGAGGGGAACAAAGGGCAGCCAGGAGAAGGUGAUGUUGCUCCAGAAAAAGGCAUCUACCGUAAAUCCUCAUGUAGCCUCCCUUAUAAAAGACUGAUGGACUCUGAAUGGAACUUCAUGUAAACCCACAGCACCUCUCCACACAGGACCUCACUUUCACAAAGGAAAAGCCCUGUCUGCAACCAGAUGUUCAUGCUGUCAUUCUAAGGUAACAAGUCUCAGUAUUGUGUUUGGUUCAGUAUAAAAUACUUCAGUUCCAGGUUUGAGCCAUGACUUGGUGUUUAUUGAACAUGAUCAUGAGUUAUGAAAGACUGAUUCUGAAGGCAGGGUACCUGAAAUGUGAUAUGCAAUUUUUAAACAGAUUGUUGACAACCUGUUAAACAUCAUUAAUUGUUUUUAUACAUUUUAUUUCACAAGACUUGAAUUACUUGAAAUUUGUUGAUUGCUGAAUGUGUUCAGUGCAGUAGUUAAAUAAUUUAAGUGAUAUAUAUAGAUAUCUUUUGUUACAGUUCAGGAAAAAUGGAAACCAAACUCAGUGUACCUGAACUAGAACAUGCAGAAUGAGAACCUGUUCAGCAUGAGGAAAUGAUUGUAUGUUACUAAAAUUGAAUGGGUUUAAAUAAGUCAGUUUUUGAAAUAUGUUUGAUACAGAGUUGACUUUAAUAAAAGCUUAAUGUUGAAAAGUCAUCUCUUGUCUGAGCCAUUUCUAUGCUAUGCUAUUUCCUGGGGCUUUCAUUUUGAAAGCCCCAGGAAAUAGCUCUCUAAACAGCAUAAUACUCUAAUAUUUUUUACAGUAAUAAACUGUUGUUGUAGAAUACGGUAGGAUUACUGUAAGAUAACAGUGUGCUGCUGGCAACUUUUGCUGCCAGCUCUUUACUGUAAAUUUACAGGGAAAUUUCUUAGUUCUAACCAUAACAAAGGUGAGUAUCGAAUUCACCCCUAUACCCACAGACUUGUCAUUUAUCACAUUGUUUGUCAAAAAUUACUUUAUUGGGCUGUAGAUUUUCAAUAAUAAAUGAAGAAAUUCCUUAAAUGUAGAAAAUGUGAAAGGAAAGAAAGUCUGUCAGUAACCACUGUCUAUAUGAUUAGUUGGCUUAACUUCGUAUUUUAAGUUAACUGAACUUAUUUUGUUUGUUUUUUAAAUUCAUCUAAUUUAACUCAGGUACGUAUACACUUUCACAACUCACACUGAACUAAUUAGACUGCAGUUAGGCCACAUCUUAAAGGCAACAAGAAAAUCAAUUUACUGUUUGGGAAUUUUUAGCUGAUGACAAUAUAUAUUAAAAUAUGAUUUUAUAAUGUAGAAAUUCACCAACUCUUCAAACCACGGGCUCCUCUAAGCAAUGGCAGGAUCUGAAAAUAAAGUGAAUUGAUGCCUUAAAAGCAGUGGGGAAAAGGCACUGAAGAGCUUUCAACGUUCUUCCAGCUAGCAAUUUCCACUGUCCAAAAUGUCAUAAGGAAAUAGCAGUUAAGGGGAACUGUAGAGGUAAAAAAGAAAAUCUGGAACACCAAGAAGACGUCUGCUGGGUAGGAAAGGAAGAAAAAACAUCCCCCCCGUAUGACUGCAAAGACCUGCAGGAAGAUUUAGCCACAACAGCUUCAGUAAACCCUUACCUGUGACCUCAUCAUGAUAGUCAACAUAUAAAGUCUGAAAAGCAACAUCUGGAUAAGCAGGAGAUGUUUUGGAAACAAGGGCUGUGAACAAUGCAAUGGCAUCUGCUUUAAUACGCGACCACAUUCUGUCACAGUUGUCCUCUCCAUGUUGGAAAGCUUAUACUAUAAAAUCGUACGCCUACCUUUGUUGUUUACUGCAGCCUCUGCUAUUUAAACGUGUCUCUGUGGGCUCUUCACAGUAUCUCAGAUCAGUAUUGCUAUUGUUUGCGUUAUUGUUUCAGAUUAUUGUAAGUGCUCCAACCACAGCAAGCUGUGGACUCUGCAGCUGACUAAUGAAUUGUUAUGAGCGUGGAGUUACGGAGAAGUCAGAACUGAGAAGAAAAUAGUCAGAGAUAAAGUGUGAGCAGACUUCCAUACAGAUGCUGGGCGACACAACAGUAACACUGUGUUUCACUGUGUUUCUCAGUAAUCCUCUAAACUCUGUGCUCUCCACAGCAGCAGACCAAAGAAGCGCAAAAACAUAAUUAUACAGCAAAAAUGUACUCUAUCAAAUCUAAUGAGGUCCACUAGGGGUUUGACGGAACAUCUAAAAAGAACCAACAGGCAUGCACGCGUGAUGGAAACUAAAUCAGAUCCUUAGGGAAAAUGUACAUAUUAGUUUUCUAGAUUAUUGCUUGAAUUUAGUUUACACGGACGAUUGAAGUUACUGUGUGGCAAAAGUUUGAGGAAAAUGGGUUAACAAGGAUUGACAUAUACCUUUUCCAAAACUUCAUGGAAGGAGCCAAACUGGGGUAAUACUUCAGUCCGGCAAUAAAUGCACCCUAGUUCACUAAUGCUGCAUUUAUUGCAUGUUACAGUCUUGUUGAGACUGUGUGCCAGAAUGAGUGGACUCAGUUCUGUGGUUGACUUUUGAUGCUAUGUUGCACUGUGUCUAACUUUAUGCACAGAGUUCACUGCAUGGCCAAAAGUAUGUGGACAACUUUAAGUGGUUCUUAAAACCAUGGCCAUUAAUAUUCUGCCUUCAUUGCCCUCUGUCCUUCUGGGAAGGCUUUUCACGAGACUGUGGAGAGCGACAUUUGCUCCCAUUCAGCCACACAAUUAUCAGUGAGGUCAGACACUGAUAAGGUCUGCCUCGCAGUCAGCUUUCCAUAUUCACCCCCAAAGUGCUGGAAGGAGCUGAGAUGAGGGCUCUGUGUGAGGAAAGUCAAGUUCCUCCGUGUUAGACUCAGAACACUGUUUUGUUUUUUUUUUUAAAUGCAGCUCAUUUUAAUGCAGAGUCAUGUUGGAAAAAUAAAGUCCCUUAUACAAAUUGUUGCCAGAGUGAUUGUCUAGAACAUCGUUGUAUGCUGUAGCAUGAAGAUUUCCAUUUGUCUGCAGCCUGGACUAUGAAAACAGCUGCAAACCACAAAUGACAAAAGCACAAGGAUAAGAGUGUGCACAUUAUUUUUCCCAUUUGGUUUAUACUACCAAAAGGUGAAAACCACAUUGCAAAGACUGCAAUGUUAGCUGAAUGGUUAAUGUGAUUUGUAAUUGAUAACAGCUGGAAAUGAUUCUUUGAGCUUUGUUUUCAAAACCCAAGAGAUAAAUGUGCAUAAGUAGACAGCAAAUAUAUGCAGGAAUUAUGAACUAAAUAGUAAUUUGGGGAGAAAAAGAAGACUAGAAAUGUAAAGGAGCCUAAUUGUGAGAGGAAAGUGUCACUACAGGCUACAGUAGUAACCUCUAGGAUGCUGAUCUUCUCUUUGUUCUUUCAGCACACAACGAAUAUAACCACAAAUAAUUUACAUGAAGGGGACCAAUAUAGAACAAUUCCUCCCUCAAAUAGGACAUGUGGAUAGUUUCCUGCAGAUUUGUUCCUGGACUGCCUAAUUAAUCUGCUCUCAUUGCUCAACCUUGCUCAGCUCACCAAAAAAAAAAAAAAAAAAAAAAAAAGACAAACAAUCGACCUGCUCCUGUGAUUGCAUGUGCACAGGCGCGCACACGUAUCCACACACCUACUCGCGCCCAGGCACGCUCCACAGACAAUGCACUGAACAUCAAAAGAAAAGAAAUUGGCUUUUUUCCCCUUCCUCCUAAAUAAAACCAUCACUUGGUAAUGGCUGUAAUAAGGCGAUAAACAGUGCAGGAACUAUCUCCAAGCAACGACGUAUCUUUGUGCCUUUUUUUCCUGUUUUGCAACUUCCUUCAGUGUGCAAAAAAAAGAAGAAGAGGGAAAAAAGAAAACAGGCUUAGAGCUUUUUUUCCUUCAUAAGGGGGUAUUUUUAAUUCUAAAGCAAGGGAUUGGUCACACUUCGUCUCAUUAGCAUGAGGAGCUGUAUAAACCCCGCCGCCACUGCAGAAUUUUGAGCUGUGUUGAAGGCAAGGCAACAAGCGUAUCUGACUGGCUGCGCGUAAGGAGCAAGUAACUUUCACUUUCAGCACAGUUCAGUUCAUAAAAGCGAAGGGAGCUGCAUGGAGAGCUCGCUCCAGAGGUGAACUGCGCGCAACUGCUUUGGCACACAAUGAGGCUGCUUACCGAGGGAGCAAGGAAGAUGAUGGGGGGCAAAUUUAUAACUUAUUGCCACCGGUGGAUUUUUAUACUCUCACUCCAUCAAUUUAUAUUUGCCUCUUGGGCUCUGUCCGAAGGAAAUACUAUCCGAUACCAGACUAACGAGGAGGACGCACCAGGUACGGUCAUUGGAAACCUCGCCAAGGACAUGUCCUUGAGUCUGUCUCAUUCCUCCAAGACCAAUUUCAGGAUGAUGAAACAAUUCAACGACUCAUUCAUCAGGGUAAGGGAGAGCGACGGGGAGCUGGCUGUCGGGGAACGAAUUGACAGGGAGAGGAUCUGCAGACACACUCCACAGUGUGUGAUCACUUUUGACGUGGUUAAUUUCUCCAAAGAUCGCUACAAAUUGAUUCACGUUGAAGUGGAAAUAAAGGACAUCAAUGACAACUCUCCGGAGUUUCCAAACAAAGAAUCUGUGGUGGAGAUAUCAGAGAAUGCAGCGGUUGGCUCCCGCAUACCUUUGGACCCAGCUGCGGACGCAGAUGUCGGGUCAAACUACAUCCAAAGCUACCAAAUUUCUGUUAAUAGUCAUUUCACCAUUGAUGUGCUCCUGAGAGCGGAUGGGGUUAAAUAUGCGGAAUUGGUGCUAAUGAAAGAGCUAGACAGGGAGACUCAGUCAUCAUACACUGUGGAGCUGGUCGCCACAGACGGAGGGAACCCGUACAGAUCGGGGUCAACCAAGAUAACUAUCAAAGUGACUGACUUUAACGACAAUAGUCCCGUUUUUGACCAGAACAGCUUCUCUGUCAGUUUGCCAGAGGACGCGCCGGUUGGCACAGUGAUCCUGGACUUGAACGCAGUGGAUGCUGAUGAGGGGUUAAACGGGGAGGUCGUGUACGGGUUCGGGAAGCAGGUUUCUCACGAGAUCCGAGAACUUUUCCAAGUGGAUAAUAAAUCGGGUCGCCUGACGCUCAGGAGCCCCGUGGAUUUUGAGGACAAAAGCACCUAUGAGCUGGACGUGCAGGCGACCGAUCUGGGACCCAACCCGACCCCCUCCGUGUGCAAAAUCAUCAUCCACGUCACCGACGUUAAUGACAAUGCCCCGGAAAUCAGCAUCACCCCGAUGACCUCCAUCACGACGGGCAUCGCGCACAUCAGCGAGGCGGCAGACAAGGACAGUCUGGUGGCGCUGAUCAGCACCCUGGACAGAGACUCUGGAGUCAACGGCCAGGUCCACUGCACCCUGUACGGCCACGACCACUUCAAACUCCGCCAGGCGUACGAGGACAGCUACAUGAUAGUGACAGCAGCAGCUUUGGACAGGGAGAGAAUCAGUGAGUACAACCUGACGGUCAUGGCUGAGGAUUUUGGGUCACCUCCACUGAGAAAAAUCACCCAGUACACCAUCAGGCUCAGCGACGAGAAUGACAACGCCCCUCACUUUGCCAAAGCUGUGUAUGAAGUUUCAGUGGUGGAAAACAACGCCCCGGGCGCUUAUAUCACCACAGUGGAGGCCAGUGAUGCUGAUCUGGGCAACAAUGGGAAAAUUACUUACAGACUGGUGGACAGCGUCAUCAUGGGCUCCCCAGUGAACACCUUUGUGUCUCUGAAUUCAGUGUCUGGCUCCAUAUAUGCCCUGAGAAGUUUUAAUUAUGAAGUGAUGAAACAGCUAGACAUACACAUUCAAGCCAGCGAUGGGGGGUCACCACAGCUGCAGAGCACAGCUGUCAUCAGAUUAAAAAUAGUUGAUCAGAAUGACAACCAGCCCUCGAUCAUAGAGCCCCCCCUGUACAAGGGAUCUACUGAGGUUUUCCUGCCCAAAGAUGCACCUGCAGGUUAUGUGGUAACCCAGAUAAAGGCCACAGAUGCUGAUGAAGGCAUAAAUGCACAGCUGUCCUAUAAAAUCACCGAGGGGGGACACCUGGGUUUCUCCAUCAACAAAGACACUGGGAAGGUGCACGUGAGCCGACAGCUGACCUAUGAUCUCGCAGACAACGUCAAAGUCACGGUGUCGGUCAUCGACAGCGGAUCCCCCGCGCUCACCUCAACGGCUAUUAUUCACUUCAGCUUCAUAGAAGGGACUCUGCCUAGUUUGCCUUCCUUGGCUGAAAAUGGCAGCGAGGAGCUCUUUCAAUGGGACAUGUCCAUAGCCAUAAUCAUUGUCCUGGCAGGGAGCUGCUCUCUACUCCUGCUGGCUAUCAUCCUCAUCACAACCAUUUGCAGCCGACGCAAAAAGGAGACGAGGGAAGCGGGGUUUGACGACAAAGAAGACUUACCGAAUGUGGAGAAAGUGGAAAGUGGUCAUAUUGAUUCAUUGAUCACCAACCACAAAGGGAAAGGGUUUGAUACCCAUCCAUUUCCAGAGAAACCUCCAAUGGCCAGCAGCAACACAACAGAGGCAAGCUGUGAGGACGGCAGGCAGACAGCAGGCAUCUUUGAGUCAAACAGCAGGGUGAUGGAGGGUAAACUAAAGGGUUAUUCUACACUGCCAGGAUAUGGGAAAGAAACUGUCAGGCCGAUAACAAUAUGGAAGGGCAAUUCAUUCACAACAAUCUCAGCAAGAGAUCCCCACAUCAGUGGCAAGGACAGUGGAAAAGGGGACAGCGACUUCAAUGACAGCGAUUCUGACAUAAGUGGAGAUGUGCACAAAAAAGAGUCGCCACCCACCAACAGUCUCUGGGCAUGUACAAGCGAGUGCAAAGUGCUGGGACACUCGGACCGAUGCUGGAGCCCUUCGGCUACAAGGCCCAACACGAGCAUGGCCUGUGGACCGCAUCUGUCAACGUUCUCCAAGACAGCUUCACUUCCCCGGGACACCAGGAGGGAAAACUACUACCCAGCUCACAUACCCAAAACCAACGGUCUGCAAAGUGUGUACGAGAAGGUUCAGCACCAGGAGUUUGAUUAUAUCCUCGUUGGUCCACCGACUCCAGCCAGAAUACAGGAAACAGAUGAAAUUUCCAUCCCGGAAUACACAAACUCUUAAAACGGCUUAGAUGAAAGAUCAAACGGUCAUUAAAAGGGGAUUCUGUCUUUAUACUGUACAGUACUUUUAUCUUAAUUGACUCUUUGUUGGAUUGUUGCAGUGUUUUGUAGUAUGUCAUGUGUCUUUUGGCUCAUAUAAGACUGUUCAUUGUAUCAUGUGUAAUAUGCAAGAUUUUCUACAUUGAUAAUAUAUUUUUCAUAAUGACUCAAUGUAAAAAGGAAUUUUAUUAUGGAUUUUUAAGAGCAUGUGUUACUAUUUAAGGGGCAUGACCUAUGGACAUUUAGGCUGCUAAAGGGCCUUUCUGCUGUGGAAAACAAUCAAUAUGAAAGAUUGCCAUGUUUGUGGUAGAUUUUAUCACACUGUUGCACAAAUAAACAUUUAAAAGCAAA